AUGUCGUUUGGCCAUGGAGACUUUGGAGGGACGGGAGGUGGUGCUUAUAGCGAUGAGGGUUACUCCACAUACAACUCUGGCUCUGGAGGGCGGAACAGCUCCGCAGCAGAUCAGAACAGACUGAUGCAAGGCAUACGUUCCAACAUACCGAAAAUCUCCCAGAAUGUGAAAGAAAUUGAGCGGAUCAUCCCUAGGCUGGGAACGCCCGACGACAACAGUACUCUCAGAUCAAAACUUGAUGAAGUCCAGCACUACACCAAUCAAUUAGCCAAGGAUACAAACCGAAUGCUGAAGGACCUCAACAAUGCCCCGGCUUCCGUAUCCCAAUCAGACCAGAGGCAGCAGAGGAUGCAGAAGGAGCGAUUCACCAGCGAUUUUUCGGCGGCGCUGAAUCAGUUCCAGAGAGCCCAACGAGAGGCAGCCCAGAAGAAACGCGAGGAGAUCAAGCGAGUCAGGGGCAACUCAGAAUAUGCGGACGAUUAUGAUGAAGGACCCAAUGCUCCCCUCAAUAUGGAAGGUAGUGGUUUCCAUAGCCAAAUCCAACAGGUGGACUUCGAAGCCCUGAAGGAAAGAGAAGCCCAACUCCACAAACUUGAGUCGGACAUCUCCGACGUGAACACUAUCUUCAAAGAACUGGCAACGAUGGUUGAGGAGCAAGGAGACUCGAUCGAUAGCAUAGAGGAAAAUGUGGAAACGACCGAGGUUCACGUUAAGGAAGCCAACACGCAGCUAGCGAAAGCCAAGACAUAUCAGAGCAAGGCUCGGCGUAAGAAGUUCAUCAUCUUCAUCUGCGUUCUUGUCCUCUUGGCCCUCUUUGGGGUCAUCAUCUACGUCGCAAUACCCAAGAGUAAUUAACCACGACACGCUUCGAGACCGAGACAUACAAAACA